CUCUAUUCAACCAGUUAUAAUCAUGUCCACCACUCAACUCCAUUUUGUUCCUGCAGUGCUUUUCACGGGGUGGUUUUACACACCCAUUAUGGGUCACAGGACCAAGGUGGACUUAAAGAUCCACAACAAUUAUAAGGUGACAGCACACUUCUCGUGCCAAGGCACAGCAUACGAGUUCUUCAUGAAGAAGUGGGCAAAGACAAGCUCGGCUCCGAACCCAACAGUCAGCUUUGACUACUUUGCCAUGCUCGUGUAUACCGAGUUCGAGCAUGGCACUGACUUCGGAACAAUAACAGUUCUGGAGCCUCCCGACGGUGGUCGAACGCUCAUCAUUGAGCGCAGUCCGCAGCAGGUUGUGAACAUCUUGAAGUAUGCUACCAUGGAUGUCUUCGCUUGCGCGGAGGAGAUCAUCAAGAAAUACCGCCGCUCUGUCCUGGACUACGCCAUCUUCCAUAGGCAGCAAGACAGGCUUUCCACAUACGGGGAGUACAUCCACCUGGUGGCCUGCGACUGCCUCACUCACGCCAACUUCCAUGCCCCCAACGUGGAAUUCCCACGAGUUGACUUUUGUACCGACGACCACGUCUACAAGCCAGACGUGCUGAGAGCCGUGGAGAGCAAGGUGGAGGACAACGAUAGCGAUGACACGGAUUAGCAAGAGGAGGGGCGGGGCUUGUGAUCCAUGUGAAUAGCUGCUAGAUGGGAAGGCAGGAGCUGGGCAUGGGGAGGCCAGUGCAGCCGCAGGGGAUCGCGGGGGGGGGGCAUGAACAACACGAAAGGCCCAGAAGGCGGCAGGAGGCCCGGUAGUCACGGCACAGGGAAGAAGUUGAGGAGGCUGGCGCCACACGUGGAAGGGCACUGGGAUUCAGGUCCUGCACGGGGAAGGGAACGGAGAGGCAGGCAUUGCACGGAGAAGGGCACGGGUAGGCAGGCUCCGUGCGGGCAAGAGCCAUUUUACCGAAGGAACGGGCACUGACAGAAGGGGGAGGCAGGCGCCGUGCAGGGAAGGGUACUCGCUUGGGAAGGGCAUUGGGAGGCAGGCGCCACACACCACUCAGCAGCUCUCUGGCAUCUCGGGUGCUGCCCUCCCUGCCACCGUGCUUCACCACCGUGUCAUCACAUGGCAGCUGCUCCAAUGGCGAGCGCACCAGUCUGCUAACUGGCAUGCCUCGUCACAAUAGUACACGAGCCGAUAGCCACCGCACUUGCGGUGGGCAGGCUUGACACAAAAGCCGCAUUUGUAAUGCCUCCUUUACGAGUACGGUUGCUACGUUGACCACCUUCUUCCGUUGUUCCGUUAUGCAACACGCAACCUCGCGAAUCACCUUGUUGGUUUGAUUCUUUGUGGGGAUACACUAUUCCUCAGGCUUCGAGCAUCAAGCGAAGGCGCUGCAGAUCAGAGGUAUAAGCAUCUUCCCCGCCAAAAAGCCACGGAGCCUGCAGUUCCCAGUGCAUAAGCAAAGCCAACAGCGCGGGUGACAUCGGCCCUCAAUGUGUGCGAUGUAGCACGAUGAAGGAACCCAACGCAUGCUCGCAGCAAUCCACUGGGCGAGGAGGUCGCCGCCAUGCCCUGCAGUGACCUGCUUGUGUCAUGCCAUGUUAUCGGAUCGCUGGCUAUCCUGGACGCGACUACCCAUCGCGAUGCAAAUGAAUGAAUGUGGGAUGGAUGGAAGGAUGGGAAAGAGGGAAACCUAGGAAUUGGCGUGGGGAAGACGAAGAUGGACGAGCACG